AGCUAUGAAAAGCAGUCUGCUAAAAUUUUGAAGAAGUACACCGUGCCAGUGGUUCCUGAUCUGCAGAUUUCAUGUGGUUCAUGUUUUUGUAAACUUUUCAGUUGAAAAUGAAGUUAAAUGUCGAUGGACUACUCGUGUACUUUCCCUAUGAUUACAUAUAUCCAGAGCAGUUUUCAUACAUGCUUGAAUUGAAACGUGCUCUGGAUGCAAAAGGCCACUGUUUGUUAGAAAUGCCUUCUGGAACUGGAAAGACAACUACAUUGUUAUCAUUAAUUGUGGCCUACAUGAAGGCACAUCCUCUUGAUUUGACCAAACUAGUUUAUUGUUCAAGAACUGUUCCAGAAAUUGAGAAAGUUAUGGAAGAGCUACGUAAGUUAAUGACUUACUACGAGAAAGAACUAGGCAUGGAACAAAACAUUCUUGGCUUGGCUCUAAGUUCCCGAAAAAACCUCUGCAUUCAUCCCUCAGUUAGCAAGGAGAGAGAAGGAAAAGUGGUAGAUGGGCGCUGUUAUAGUCUUACGGCAUCGUUUGUAAGAGCUCGUCAUGCAGCCGAUGAUGCCGUUCCUAUUUGCGAGUUUUAUGAAGGAUUUGAUGCCCACGGAAAAGAAUUUCCGUUGCCUCCUGGCGUAUACAACCUGGACGACCUCAAAGAAUAUGGGCAGAUGAAACGAUGGUGCCCUUAUUUUCUGGCUCGACACACGAUUACUCAUGCCAAUAUAGUGGUGUACAGUUACCACUAUUUGCUGGAUCCCAAAAUUGCCGAAGUGGUUUCAAAGGAAAUUUCCAAAACCAGCGUGGUUGUUUUCGAUGAAGCCCACAACAUCGACAAUGUUUGUAUAGAUUCAAUGAGCGUGAAAAUUACGAAAAGGCUUUUGGACAAAUGCUCUAACAGUAUUACGAUUCUCGAAACUACUAUUUCAAACAUGAAGGAGAAUGACAGUAAAAGGUUGGAAAAAGAAUAUAAAAGAUUAGUUGAAGGUUUACGGGACGCUACUAUUGCAAGAGAAACUGAUAUGGCUUUAGUGAAUCCAGUAUUACCUUCAGAAGUCUUAGAAGAGGCCGUCCCGGGUACCAUUCGUACGGCCGAACAUUUUGUAGCAUUCUUGAAAAGAGUGGUAGAGUACAUUAAAACUCGACUCCGCGUCCAGCAGGUCGUUCAAGAAAGCCCAGCAGGUUUCCUAAGAGAUAUUCACACAAAAGUGUGCAUCGAUAGAAAACCCUUAAGAUUCACUGCGGAGCGCCUAGCGUCGCUUAUUCGCACGUUAGAAAUCUCGGAUCUGACGGAUUUCUCACCUCUGGUGACUGUUUCUCAUUUUGCCACAUUGGUCUCAACAUAUACAAAAGGAUUCACUAUAAUCAUUGAGCCAUUUGAAGAUCGGGCCCCUACUGUUUCCAACCCAAUUUUAUACUUUAGCUGUUUAGAUUCAUCAAUCGCCAUCAAACCAGUUUUCAAUCGUUUUCAAACUGUCGUAAUUACCUCAGGAACUCUUUCACCGCUUGAUAUGUAUCCAAAAAUCCUCGACUUUCAUCCCGUCAUUAUGACGUCGUUCACUAUGACGUUGGCGAGACCUUGCAUUCUGCCAAUGAUCGUAUCGAAAGGCAACGAUCAGGUCGCUAUGUCGUCUCGCUACGAGACCAGAGAAGAUACUGCUGUUAUCCGGAACUAUGGAAACCUAUUGGUUGAAGUAGCUGCUGCGGUACCUGAUGGUAUCGUUUGCUUCUUCACCAGCUACCUCUAUCUUGAAACAAUUGUGUCUUCGUGGUAUGACCAAGGCAUCAUUGAUCAGUUACAAAGACACAAGCUUCUCUUUAUCGAAACUCAAGACGCCGCAGAAACAAGCUUGGCUCUUAUCAACUACAUCAAAGCCUGUGAUAAUGGGCGAGGCGCCGUGUUGCUUUCCGUUGCUAGGGGCAAAGUUUCCGAAGGAAUCGAUUUUGAUCAUCAUCUUGGACGCGCUGUACUGAUGUUCGGGAUCCCAUACGUCUACACCCAAUCACGGAUUCUAAGAGCACGUCUGGAAUACCUAAGGGAUCAGUUUCAGAUCAGGGAAAACGAUUUUCUAACUUUCGACGCUAUGCGUCACGCCGCCCAAUGCCUUGGUCGGUGCAUGCGUGGUAAAACGGACUAUGGUAUCAUGGUAUUAGCUGACAAACGAUUCUCCCGGGCGGACAAGCGUAGCAAAUUACCGAAAUGGAUUCAGGAACAUUUAAAGGAUACGCUCUGUAAUUUGUCAACUGAAGAAUGCGUUCAGAUUUGCAAACGAUGGCUUCGGCAAAUGGCGCAGCCUUUUUCGCGUGAGGACCAGCUUGGAAUUUCUUUAUUAACUUUGGAACAACUUCAGAGCGAAGAUAUGCAAAAGAAAAUUCAACUACGUGCACAAGGCGUUUGAAUUUGACGAUGGUAGUUGUGUAUUUUUGUAAGAAUUCAUGAAAACAAACUACACAUAUGGUUAUAUUGAGACGCAAAAGCAGGC